UUGAAAACUAUCGAAUUGAUGGAGCGAAAAGCGUUUUUGGACCAGGAGCCACCACCAGGAUAUGUGGCAGGGAUAGGAAGAGGUGCCACAGGGUUCACUACUAGUGCAGAUUCUGGCCCAGUCAGGUUCCAGCCCAACUUGGAUGAUGAAGAUGAAAAUGGAGAUAACGAAGAUGAAUUGAAGUUCCAGGAUGACGAUGAAGGUGGUAUUCUAGGUCUGGAAUUGAAAGACAAGGAGGAUGACGAAGCAGACCGAAUAUACGAAGAAAUUGAUCGCAAAAUGAAUCUGAGAAAUAAGAAUAAGUCAACUGGAGAUUUGGAACUAUCUACAUCGGAGACUUCUGAUAAGAUCAAAGGACAGUUCACUGAUUUAAAGAGGGCACUUACCUCGGUGAAUGAUAAUGAGUGGGCUAAUAUUCCAGAAGUUGGUGAUAUAACCAGGAGAAAUAAACGAACACGACUCCUUGAACAACAACAACAGAGAACGUAUGCCAUGCCCGAUUCUGUUAUUGCAGGAGCUGGAUCCAUGGGAUCUUUAAACUCCAACGAUGAAGUUACUAAUUUCCAGUCGAUAUCACAGGCUAAAGAUCUUUUGCUUAGUAAACAAUUAGAUCAAAUAGCAGGGACAAGUGAUAAUAAUAAUGAGAAUAUUGCAAAAGAAUUGGAAGAGUUGCAAAACAAUGACAGCAAAAUACAAGAUAUUAAAAAGGGACGUUUGAUUUUGGCUUCUUUGAGAAAGACAGAGCCUCGUAAAUCCAACUCAUGGAUUGCUUCAGCAAGACUAGAAGAACAGGCAAAUAACUAUACUGCUGCUAAAAAAUUCAUUAUUGAAGGUUGUCAUAAUGUGCCUCAUAAUCCCGACAUCUGGUUAGAGAAUAUCAGAAUCCACCAAAAGACGGCAGAGGGUACAAAAUUUUGUAAAGCCAUUGUCAAUGAAGGUCUUAAAUUCAAUAUUAAAUCAGAAAAGCUUUGGCUUAAAGCUUUUGAGUUGGAAAACAAGACUGAUGUAGUUUCAAGGAGAAAGAUUUUGAUGAAAGGUCUUGAAUUUAUACCUACAAAUGUCGAAUUAUGGAAAAGCUUGGUCAAUUUGGAGGACUCCAAAGAGGAUGUUCAAAAAUUAUUAACCAAAGCGGUAGAACUUUGUCCUAAAGAGUGGGAUUUCUGGUUAACUCUCAUUAACUUAUCGAACUAUGACGAUGCCAAAUCGUUAUUGAAUAAGGCUAGAAAAGCAUUAACUGAUAAUUACAUGGUUUGGAUCAUAGCCUGUAAGUUAGAAGAACGUGAAAAGGAUGAUAUACCAAUGGAAAAGUUGAAUAAAUUACUCGCUAAAGGUUUCAAAGAACUAGAAAAGAAUACAGUUGAUAAAUCCCAUUUGUUAUCUAAAGCUGGCUGGUUAAAUCAAGCAAUCGAUGCUAAUCUAGAGGGCUUCACUAAAACUUCAUCUGCAAUUGUAAAAGUUACUCUUGAUUCUGAUGGUAAAGAGAGUUUGGAUGAGUGGCUCGAUGAUGCAGAAAAGCUUAUCCUGAAAAAAGAGUUUAAAGUAGCACAUUUCAUAUACGAGUACAUCAUUGAUAAAUUUCCAAACAACAUCGAAAGUUGGUUAAGUCUCAUCCUGUCAAUGAAAAAUAGCAAAGACUUCGAUAAGUCUAAAUUAUUUGAAUAUUAUUCAAAAGCAGUCAACUUGAACCAAGACAAUGAAUUGCUUCUGCUAAUGUAUGCAAAGGACAAAUGGCUUCUUGGAAAUGAUGUUGAAGGUGCCCGUAUGAUUUUAAGCGACGCAAGCUCUAGAUUACCUACUAGCGAAAACAUAUGGCUAGCCCGUAUUAAAUUAGAAGUUAAGAACCACAAUUAUCAAGAAGCUAUGUCCAUCUCAACAGAUUCCAUCGAUAAAAUACCAACUUCCUCUGCCCGUGUAUGGUUCAAACAUAUUCAUUUGAUGAGGUUUUUAGCUCGAAAGAAAAUUGUUACUUUGGAGGUACCAGAUUUCCUAUCGUUGACUACUCAAGCUUUGGACCUCUUUCCAGAAGAACCUAAGUUAUACUUGCAGAAGAGUCUGGUACUAGUUGACUUUGACCUAAUUAAGCAAGCUAGAGAAGUCCUCUCUACAGGAACCAAAAAAUGUCCAAAUUCUAUAGAAAUAUGGAUAAACUUGGCUUGGGUAGACGAAAAAUAUUUCAAAACAGUCAUUAGAGCUAGGUCAGUUUUGGAUACUGCAAUUCUAAAAAAUCCAACCAGUGAUAAACUAUGGGAAGCCAAAAUCAAGUUGGAAAGAAGACAGAAUGAUAGGACAGCUGCACAACAAAUUACAAACAAGGCUCAUAAAAUGUUCCCUAGCUCUUCAUCAAUAUGGAUACAGCAUCUAUCAUUAAUUCCCAAAAUGUCCCAGAGAAAGAAUGCUUUUCUAGACGCAAUGAGAACUACCAAUAAUUCAACCAAUAUUUUACUUAGUAUCGGAGUAUUUUUUUGGUUGGAUGGUAAAUUUCUGAAAGCAAAGUCAUGGUUUGAAAGAGCACUUACAAGCAAUAAGCAAAGUGGUGAAUCGUGGGGGUGGUUAUAUUGUUUUAUUGAUAAAUAUGGAUCAGCACAAGAGAAGCUGGGCUUACUCCAAAACUUAAAUAAAAAUUAUGAUGAUAUAAACGAUGGCGAAACUUGGAAUCAUGUAAAUAAAGAUUUAGAUAAUUUCGAGAAGACUCCCAAAGAGAUUAUUGAAUUAGUUUCAGCAAAAUUAUUAGCAAAGAGUAUUUGAUGCUACAUAAAUCAGUUUAUAGUGUAU